AUGGCCCCAGCACUCCCCCCCGAUGGCAAGAUACCAUGCCCCACUCAGCGCCAUCUUGUAGAAGAACUCGACGAGCUCGCCUUUGCCCUGGAACCGGCCGAGAAGGAGGAUACGUGGGAAAAGUUUGAAAAGGCGAUCAUACGUUUUGCCGCGGUAGUCAGAGGGGGAGGAUACAAGUUUACAGAGACGUUUGUGGAAGGUGUUGGAAGGGGCGGCGUCGGGACGAAGCUUGUAAGAUGUAUGCUCUCCGACAGAGGCAGACUAUCAGGCGUCGCCACGGACCUCCUCCAAACAUUCGCCCCCCGUCUAUCCACCCACUUCAAACCCCUCACCCACCUCUAUCUCGAACCCAUCAUGACCCUCCUAGGCCGUCCCAACAAGGUAUAUCUCCGCCGAACUGAAAAAUGCCUCGCAACCAUCAUAUCCAACUGUCACCUCCCCGUCAUCGUACAAGAGCUACGGAAGGGGCUGGAUGAUAAUGCGGCGGCGUGUAGAAAGGGGUGUGCGGUGGCGAUUAAUAGGGCAUUGCAGGAGUGGCCUUAUGAGCUGUGGAAUGACAAGUGGUUAAAGGUGCUAGAGGGGUGUAUCAAGAAGAUGGGGGCGGACAAGGAUCCGCAGGUGCGAGAGACGGGGAGAGAAGUGUUGGGUUUGUUUGCGGAGGCGUGGCCGGAGAGAGUCAACGAGUUUGCAAGCCCCCUCACUCCGAUUACGCGACGAAAUCUCAAGAUUGACGCCAACGGUGUGACUGCAAAGCCCAAAACUCGCCCCGCCGCUCCAGCUCGCAAGAUGCCCCCUCCUCUCACUUCAUCCACCGCCUCCUCCUCUUCGGCCCACCCUCCCGCGCCUCAUCACAGAGUCCAAGAACUAGGCGGCUCGAGAUUCCCCCAGGCACAACAGCCUGCUGCGCCUUCGAGAAUAUGGUCUGGGGACGAACCUCAGGCGGGGAGAUCGACGUACGAUCCCAGACCUCCUCGUAUCCAUGCCGAACCUCUUCCUCUGCCGGAGGUGGAACCGGCCCGUCCUAGAGCUCUCAACACGCUCCCUCCUGUACGCGGUCGUACAGUUUCACACGAUUCACUACCCACCUCCUCUUCAACCAACCCGAACCCAAACUCUCUCUUCUCCCCCGUCGACCACCCCCAUCAGUCUCAGGGAGUGAAACACAAUCCACUAUCCAAACCAGUCCGCCCUCCCCUCCCAGCUUCAUGGUCCACCUCCGCUCUUCUGCCUCAGGGCGAAGCGGCAAACGCAAAACCGAGGAGGAUGGCGCCGCCAGAGAGGAUCGUGAAGCCCGUGGUGGAGGAAGAAGAUGAAGAUGAAGCCGCUGGGUCUGGGGCUGGGUCGAAGGCUGUUGCGAGUGGAGCGUUGAGGGGAGCGGUGAGGCCGGCGGUGGUGAAGAAGAAUAUGAUGGGGCAAGCUACGAGGAGGGUCGUCACUGCUCCUGUCCCUCUGUCGAGCGAGUCGGGUUUGGAAGACCAGCCUCAACAGUCGAUAAGACCUCGCCCACAGACUUCUGCAGAGUCAUUCUUCUCCCCUGUCCCGUCCCGGGUACUUGAGGGUGAGAAGAAAAGCGUCGAGUCGCCGCUCAUGCCGGUGCUCAUGCAAUCCACGUCGAGCAAGGUGGAUGCGGAGGAAAUCAAGCCUUCGCAAGAAGAGUCGGAAGGGGUUAUCGAUAUGGAAGAAGAUGUCUAUCCCGCAUCGCCGUCGAAGAGGGGAGAUGGCGAGGAUGGGAGGAGGGAGGUGGAAGUCGCGAGAGAGAUUGCUUUGCCGGAUAGUCCGACGUCGGAGAGGAAGAGUGCUGUAGUGGAGGUUGUGGGGAAGCCGACUGGGGAUGAGCGGGCUGCGGCAGAAGAGGCUGUUGAGCCUGGGGUCGAGACGAAAGUGGUUUCAGCCGUCGAGGCCGCCAUUCAACAAGCUCCUGAACCGACAUCAGCUCACGAACCUCCGAUCGAAUCCGAACCCAUACCACCCCCACCCACAGCUCAGCCUACUUCCAAUUCCAGUCUCACAGCCAAACCUGCCCGCCCCCCUGCCGCUCCCCAAGCCCAAGCCAAACCCCUCUCUCGCGCACCCUCUCGUCCCGCCCCAGCCGUAUCGGGAGCUCAACCCGAACGAAAGGCAGCAGUGGCGGUGCCGAGGAAGCCGCCUGUACCUCGUGCGAGGGUGGCGAGUGGGAGUAAGCCGGUGGUGCCGCUGGUGAGGAAGGCGUUCAAACCUACGAGCGCAGCGAGUGUGGGGAGUGGUGGUGGUCAGGCUUCAGCGCCGGCGCCGGCGCCGGCGGCAGGUGCUGUUAAGAAGGAAGCGGUUGGUGCGGUGAGCAAGCCGGCUGGUGCGGUGAGCAAGCCGGCUGGUGCGGUGAGCAAGCCGGCUGGUGCGGUGAGCAAGCCGGCUGGUGCGGUGAGCAAGCCGGCUGGUGCGGUGAGCAAGCCGGCUGGUGCGGUGAGCAAGCCGGCUGGUGCGGUGAGCAAGCCGGCUGGUGCGGUGAGCAAGCCUGCUGUUGCGAGUGCUUCGGCGAGGGUUGUUUCGGCAUCUGGGACGACAGGGAACAAACCCCCAGUCACGACGAAGACAUUAGCCCCUCCUCCUGCUCGCCCAGAGCUGGCCAAGGUUUCAAGACCUGAAGAACCUCCAAAACGUACCGUCACCUCCGCACCUAUCUCCAAGCCUCCCGCCUCUAGACCACCCGUCACUUCCUCUGCACCGGCUGCCAAAGCUCCCAUCGCCUCCAGACCGCGCAAACCCGCCGUCCCGAGCCAUGUGGUCCUGUCAGCUGCGAAGAAGGAGAAGAUCCGCCUCAAAGCUCCUCUGCCUUCUUUCCGACCUAUGCGAGCGAAGAAAGAAGUCAAGCCCGAAACUGUUCCCCUCCCCGACAGUCCGCCCAAAGCCGCUGCUAUCCCCCUCCCUCCAAGUCCGCACGAUAGUCCGAGCCCGAGAGAUCAUCCUCUCCCACCAUCUCCUCCCAGAUCACCGACGCCAAGAGCGCAUACGCCUGUGCUGAGCAGGCCUUCGCCUUUGAGGACGGAGAUUGCGCGAGGGAGAGGAGGGGCGAAUUCGCCUGCUAGGAGUGUUAGGAGUGUGAGGAGCCAGGCGAGUGGGAGGAGUGUACCGGCUAGUCCUGGGGGGGUGGUGUUGGAGAAGGGGAGGCCGGCGAGCCCGCUUUUGACGAAGGGGGAGGGGUUGUUGUUCGACGACGUGGAGGAGAAGGAUGAGCGUGCGGAGAUUGCUGGGAAUGAUGGGGUCAAGGAAGAGGGAGGUGAGCAGGUGAAUAAGGAAGCGAGCGAGGAUGUGGACAUCUCUGGAUCGGUUUUGGGCAACAUGGAGGAGAAGGUUGAGAAGGCUAGAGUGGAGGAGUCCAUCCCUCAAGCCGAGGUUGCACCUACCACCGUAGAAGUGACCGAAGACAACUCGGCAUCUCGUUCAUUCAACACUCCCUCCAUCGACGACAUACCUUCCUCCUUAUCUCCCCCAACCGCCACCCCCUCAGCCCGUACCCCCUCGCCUCUUUCUUCAAUCAUCAAAUCCCCUGCACCUGCAUUUGCUACCCGUAUAGAAGUAUCCACCCCGGGCAAGAGCGCACUGUCGCUUCUGGCGAAGCUGGAGGGUAGAGAGGAUGUUGGGACGCCGGAGAAGGAGAGGAAGGCGUUGGCGGUGAAGGAUGCGAAUGCUGUCGGGACGCCGAAGGUGGUUGGUGGAGGUGGGUUUGAGGGUGAUGUGAGCGCCUGAGAUGGCGGAGAUGGUUGGGGAUGACUAUAAUAGCGUCUGGGGAAGAUUUGGUUGACUAGGGAGAGUAGAGUGAGCAGUGUUAUAGGGUUUCUUUUACGGACUAUGGUCUCGAGAUAUUAGUUGCUAUAGAAUGACA